AUGUUUCGACAAAUUCGAAUUAGCAAGGAGGACACCCCACUACAAAGUAUUCUGUGGCGAACGGAUCCUAGUGAGAUCAUUAGUACAUACGAGCUUACUACGGUGACGUAUGGUACAAAACCGGCCCCAUUCCUUGCUACUAGGACAUUGAAGCAACUAGCGAUGGACGAGCAAAUACGCUACCCGAUGGCGGCCAAAGCGGCUACGGAAGAUGUUUAUAUGGACGACGUUAUAAGUGGCGCGGAUAACCCAGAGGAAGCAUUAGAGAUGCGUAUUCAAUUGGAUGAAAUGACACAGAGAGGUGGAUUCCGUUUGAGAAAAUGGGCGUCAAACUGCCCAUUGGUGCUGCGGGGCAUACCAGAGACAGACUUAGCGAUAGUGAAGGUAGAAGGAGUAGAGCUAGAUCCUGACCCAGCUGUAAGAACUCUAGGGCUAGUAUGGCAUCCAGGAGCAGAUGUCCUGAAAUUCCGUUUCAAGAUUCCCGAGACAAGCAGAACCGAGAUUUUGUCAAAGCGAAGAGUUCUGUCAGUCAUUGCGACACUAUUCGAUCCGUUAGGUCUGAUAGGACCAGUAAUCACAUCAGCAAAAGUAUUUAUGCAGCUGUUAUGGUGCUUGGAAGACGAGAAAGGAAGAAAAUUAGAUUGGGACCAGCCAUUACCAUCUGUUGUGGAUACCGAGUGGCGUAAUUUCCAAGCACAGCUGCCACAACUGAACAAACUGGUUAUCGAUCGCUGUGUGAUCCAGCCAAAAGCAGCAAAUGUAGAGCUGCAUAUAUUUUGUGAUGCAUCAGUGCAAGCAUACGGUGCUUGUGCUUACACAAGAAGCGUGAGUUCGUCUGGAAAUGUUAAGGUGGUGUUACUGACGUCAAAAUCCAAGGUGGCACCAUUAAAGUGCCAAUCCAUUCCAAGGUUGGAACUAUGCGGAGCAUUAUUGGCAGCGCAGCUUUCAGAAAGGAUCCUGGAAGCGAUUAAGAUGGAUGUGGAAGUGUUCUUCUGGACAGAUUCAACUUGUGUCUUGCAGUGGAUAAAAGCUGUCCCAUCAACAUGGACAACCUUUGUGGCCAACCGCGUGGCAAAAAUUCAAGGAUUGUCGGAGAAGCGAAUCUGGCGUCACGUUUCCGGAAAUCUGAACCCUGCUGACUUAAUUUCCCGUGGGGUUAAACCGGACCAACUUAAAGGGUGCAGCCUCUGGUGGAAAGGUCCGCCUUGGCUCUGGACUGAUAAAGAUACCUGGCCAAAUCAAGGCAACUCGCUAAUAUCAGAGGAAGUGGCCAAAGAAGGUCGUCGAACGACAGCUCACUGCACAAAUCAACAGGAAGACUUCAGUAGCUGGAGUUCUGGAAAAGAUGGCGGCGAGAGUACUUGGCACAAUUACAAGGCAGAACGAAGCGUUGGCGUCCAGUAA